AAUUUGUUCGUUUAAACGUUGACUUUGUAGCCAGAUCAUCUACUCAAACAAGUGACCUUCUAGGACUGGAGGGUGCAUGGGCAAGGCGUUUCGAUUUAACUGCAAAGUUAUUGAAUAUUGAGGAAAGUAUUACUAUCAUUUUCUCCGUGUAA